UUUUUAUUAUUAGAAAUAAAAGAGUGUAUCCUUUCCCCAAUUAUUUUUCAAUUUGGAAGAAUGAAUUCGAUUCGGUUUGUCUCAGCAGCGAUCGUCUCUGCUCAUGACCCCAUUCCCAAACUCGUUUCCUUCUCCAAAGCCAAAACGAAGCCAAAACCACUCAAAUGCUCCUUUCGCCUUUCUAAGCUCAAAGUUUCAGCCCUCGAGAACGAGCUUCCCGAGUCACAGACUCACAACGAUGGCGAUGACGAACGAAUAGAGAAUGUUUCGCUGCGUCAAAACGGCGGCGGAGGCGGAGAUUUUGAUUCGGGAUGGUUGCGUGCUUUUCCUCACGUUUUUGUUGCUUCAAUUUCCAAUUUCAUUUUUGGGUAUCACAUUGGGGUCAUGAAUGGUCCUAUUGUUUCCAUUGCCCGAGAGCUUGGUUUUGAGGGAAACUCAUUCGUUGAGGGACUCGUGGUCAGCAUAUUUAUUGCUGGUGCAUUUAUUGGGAGCAUAAGCACCGGUUCUUUGGUAGAUAAACUUGGUUGUCGGCUCACAUUUCAAAUUGACAGCAUACCCUUGAUCCUUGGGGCAAUAAUAAGUGCACAAGCCCACUCCUUAAACGAGAUAAUUGGUGGAAGGUUUCUUGUUGGGCUUGGUAUAGGUGUGAAUACUGUUCUUGUUCCAAUAUAUAUAUCUGAGGUAGCUCCAACAAAAUAUAGGGGUGCCUUAGGGUCCUUAUGUCAAAUUGGCACUUGUCUUGGCAUUAUUGCUUCACUAUUUCUUGGAAUAGCUGCUGAGAAUGAUCCACAUUGGUGGAGGACAAUGCUGUAUAUUGCAAGCAUCCCAGGUUUUCUUGUUGCACUUGGUAUGCAGUUUGCUGUUGAUAGUCCGCGCUGGCUUUGCAAGGCUGGGAGAAUAAAUGAUGCUAAAAAAGUAGUAAGUGAGCUUUGGGGAGAAGCUGAAGUUGAUAGUGCAAUUAAAGAAUUUCAGUCUGUCAGCAAGAAUGAUGGUAGUGAUUUGGACAGCAGAUGGUCAGAGAUCUUGGAGGAACCACAUUCUAGAGCUGCCUUUAUUGGAGGUACUCUUUUUGUACUUCAGCAGUUUGCAGGCAUAAAUGGGGUUCUUUAUUUUUCAUCACUGACCUUUCAAGAUGUUGGUGUUGAAAGCAGUGCUUUAGCAAGCUUGUUUGUUGGGCUUACUAACUUUACAGGUGCACUUUGUGCUUUAUACUUAAUCGACAGGGAAGGGAGACAGAAACUUCUUGUAGGAAGCUACUUAGGAAUGGCAAUUUCAAUGUUUCUCGUGGUCUAUGCUGUCAUCUUUCCAUUGGAUGAGCAACUCAGCAACAACUUAUCAAUACUGGGAACUAUAAUGUAUAUAUUCUCUUUCGCAGUUGGAGCUGGCCCGGUAACUGGCAUCAUCAUACCAGAGCUUAGCAGCACCAGAACACGAGGGAAGAUCAUGGGGUUCAGUUUUUCUACCCAUUGGGUUUGCAAUUUUGUGGUUGGAUUAUUCUUCCUUGAGUUAGUCGAAAAAUUUGGAGUUGCACCCGUAUAUGCCAUCUUUGGAGCAGUUUCCUUGUUAGCUGCUGCAUUUGCCUAUUACUUCUUAGUAGAAACUAAGGGGCGCUCUUUAGAAGAAAUUGAACGAUCCUUAAACCCAGAAGCUUGAAGCAACGAUGAAUCUUAUGAGACACCAAUCCAUGUAUACAGGACAGGAGAUUUGUUUUGUGGUU